GUUACUUAGGAUCCAAGAACCUCAGAAGAUUAUUUCAUGGUGUCGAAAUUAUAAUAUUAUUACAUCAAGACACUUGUCAAUGGCGGCUGACAUCAAGAUUUACUAGGAGGUCCAAUCGCUGAAGUAUGUGCCUAUGUCAUUCAUCUUCUUGGGACCAUUUUCAUGAUUGCCUAAAGCUUAUAGCCUUAAAUAUUUUAAGAUCAGCUUUCCCUUUCCUUUAAUGAAGGAGACAAAUUCCUAGUUGGGAAGAAUCAAAAACAUAGAGUGGAAGAAGAGCUUCAGUUUAAAAAAAUGGAGACAGAAGAAAACAUUGUAAUUGUGGGUGCUGGCAUAGCUGGUCUUGCUACUUGUUUGGCACUUCACAGGGUGGGGCUGCGGAGCAUUGUCUUGGAAUCAUCAGAUUCGUUGCGAGCUACUGGAUUUGCACUGUCAUUGUGGACUAACGCCUGGAGAGCUUUGGAUGCUCUGGGCGUUGGAGACUCUCUUAGACAAAGUUCCUUAUCCAUUACUGGGAUUAAAAGUUUCUCUGCGGAUUCAGGAGCACCUAUCAAGGAGGUAUUGUUUGUGGACAAUAACUGUAUAGAUUAUGAAAGUCGUUGUGUGAGAAGGAAAUAUCUGUUGGAGAAAUUAGAGAAUGAACUGCCUCAAGGCGCUAUUAGAUAUUCUUCUAAGGUUGUUUCCAUUGAAGAAUCUGGACCGAUGAAAGUGGUACAUCUUGCAGAUGGUUCCACUAUUAGAACUAAGGCCUUAAUUGGGUGUGAUGGAGUCAAUUCUGUGGUGGCAAACUGGCUUGGGCUUCAGAAGCCUGUCAAUUCUGGGCGGUCUGCAAUUAGAGGCUUUGUUGAAUAUCCCGACAAACAUGGUUAUCAGCCUAAGUUCCAUGCAUUUUUUGGAGGUGGACUUCGAUUUGGCUUUCUUCCUAAUGAUGAGAAGAGUUUGUAUUGGUUUUGUACAUUCACACCAUCUGCUGUCCAUUUUGAUGGAAAUGCAGAACAAGAUCCACUUAAACUGAAGCAAUUUGUGUUGAACAAGGCCAGUAAUGUGUCUAAAGAACUCUCCACCAUUGUAGAGAGAACAACGCUAGACUGUAUAUCUUGCGCUCAGCUGAAAUUGAGAUUGCCUUGGAAUGUUUUGACGGGGAAUAUUUUGAAGAAUAACGUUUGCGUGGUAGGUGAUGCACUUCAUCCCAUGACUCCAGACCUUGGUCAAGGUGGAUGUUCUGCGUUAGAAGACAGUGUUGUUAUUGCAAAAUGCCUCGGAGAAGCUUUGGUGAAACCGAUAAAGGAUAGAGGAGUUGAACAAGAAGAUGAGGACGAAUUUAAUAAGAUCAAAAAAGGACUUGAGAAGUAUGCUAAAGGGAGGAGAUGGAGAAGUUUUACAUUCAUCAGUGCUGCUUAUUUAUCUGGUUUUAUACAAGAGAGUGGUAGCAAAGUAAUCAGUUUCUUAAGGGAACGUUUUUUGGCUGGAGUCACUAUAGCAGUUACACUCAGAAUGGCUAACUACGAUUGCGGAAAACUCACUGUUUCUUGAAGUGUAUGUCCAUACAUCUCAAACUGUUGAACUGAAGAAAGAAACAGGCCCCAAAAUUGGUGAAAUUCCAUUAUGAUAUACUACUACUCUUCUUGUACAACUUAGUCAACAGGAUAGUUUGUGGUAGGUUCUAUUGAAACUCCCUGGUUAAUAAACAAACAUGAUAAUUGCUUGGCUCUCCAGUACAUAUGUAUGAAGGAUAUUGUGGAUCUUUUGAUGUUGUAAUCCAUUCUUCUGACUGAAAUUAUGUAAAUGAAGAUGAACUAAUGCCUAAAUUAAGAGUUGAUUGGUUA